AUUGCAUCUAUUUGUAGAUUAUCCAUCUACACAAGUAAAAAGUAUCAAUCGAAUUUUAAAUCUCUUGAUACACUGUUCAUACUCGGUUACUGUCGGUAUUUAUCGACACAAUCGGGUUUCUCUUGAUCUCGACGCCGACGCCGCGACGCCCGUAUGACGUAGCAUCAUGGCGAUAGAUUAUUAUAAACGUUUUAGUGUGCCCAAUACAUACAGUCGUUCGAAACCAUAAAAAUUUGAUUGAACAACUUUAAAAUCUAACUUUUUUCAAGUAUUUCAAAAGAAGGUAUAUUAAAUUAUGGAACUGAAUUUUAAAGAAAAAAAAUUAGAAUUACACAAUUGAACGUAUCCAGUCAGUAAAUGCAGCAGCGCGCAUAUUUAAGAAUACAUUGAUUAAAACGCGCCCGGCUCGUACAUUCAUAUUUUCUUUAUACUUCGAUAUAUAUGCUUGGUAAACGACUAAGGAAAUUAUCUCUGCAUUUGUUACUCUAAUCAUGUGAACAAUCGAAUUGGGAAAAUAUAAUUUUUAGGAGGAAUUAUUGGACACGAUAAAAACAAAAGGUUUAAAGAUUAUGUCUUUACUAAGCAUUGCAGUAAAGAAAGCGCGAUAUAUAGGUGUUCAAGCACAACAAUUCAAUACCUAUGUAACAUUAAAAUUACAAAAUGUUAAAUCAACAACUAUCACUGUCAAAGGAGCUAAUCCAUGUUGGGAGCAAGAUUUCCUAUUUGAAACGAAUGAAAUCAACAUUGGACUGCUGGUAGAAGUUUGGUGUAAAGGGAUACUAUGGGAUCGCGCUUUAGGUUAUUACUACCUUUUAUUACCCGCAAUACCAUAUUCAAACGAGAAUGGUUUUGGAGAAUGGGUCAGUUUGGAUUCAGAGCUAGAAAUGAAAGGUGGGGAAGUAGUAGGCACUAAAACUCCUACUGGACAUACUCUUCUAAUAGAUUGCAGGUUUGAACUGCCAUUUGAUGCACAAAAUACAAAUGCGAUUGAUCUGCAACAGAAACUAGAGAUGCUAAAUAGCACAGUGGAUAAUGAAAUAGGAUCUGAACAAGGACAUCGACAGUUGAUGUACAACAUUGCUCAUUCUGGAUAUUCAGAAGAUUCAGAUUAUACAUCGGACUUUAAUUAUCCUGUUGAUGGACAAGGAGCUAACAGUUCGAUAUCACAAUUUUGUACAGCUGCGACUCAAUUGGAAACACCACAGAGUUCUUUGGAAACAUCUAGAGAAAAUAGUUAUGAUCGAGACGAUCAACAGGUACCGACAAAUGUAGCAAGUAGUUUAACUCCAGCAAUUUUCAGCGACUAUUCAGCUAAAGGACUACGGUAUAAUGAGCCUUAUCCUGGCGAUGAUAGUUGUCAAAGAUAUAUGAAUUAUAGUGGAGAGUCUUCUGAACCACUAUUUUAUAAUAGCAGACCAAAGUACUAUAAAGAAUACAGAGAAGAAGAUUGUUAUAAUGAUCAUUAUAACUAUCAAGUAUUGAAAAUCAAUAAUACGAGAAUUUACAACGAUAUACAAAAUUCUCCUAAUAUGGCAAUUAAAAGUAUUCGAAAAACAGGUGCGCAUUAA